AAUGAUACAAACGACGAAAACUGCAACCUUCCGAUCACUAAUGUGAAACUCAACAUACAUGAACGGGAGCUUGCAGAUACUCUAGACGAAGACGAGAGCUCAUUGCAACAUAUCGUGUUUGAUAGAAAAAUCAUUAAGAUAAGCGCAAUUGGGAACGUUGCACAGCACCGGCAAAGAUCUGUACCCAAUUUACGUAUAGCUUUGACUGUGAACAAUGUAGAGGAGAACUACUUAGGGUCACUGAGUGUGGCUUGCAGUCACUGCGGAGCUUUCUAUUUUCCGGGUGAGGCUAGACGCGUCAGCGGAUGUUUCAACGCCUGCUGUAAUUUCGGCAACAUCUCUUUGAAUUUGUUUUCGGAAUUUCCGGAACUUUUUCAUUCCUUUUUCACCGGAACCGAUGCUCUUUGCAAAAAUUUUCGCCAGCACAUACGAUCCUAUAACAGUGCCCUUGCCAUGGCUUCAAUGGGGGCUCAGGUGGAUACGCCGCGUGGUUCUGGGCCAUACUGUUACAGGAUCCACGGUCAAGUGUAUCACUAUGCUGGACCCUUAACGCCGAAGGAAGGAAUUCGUCCACAAUUUGGCCAAGUGUACAUACUGGACACAGAUUCUGCAGCUGCUGAAAGGAGUGGAAACCCAGCGAAUGCAGAAUGCAGUGCUACUGUGAUGCAGCUGUUAACAUCGUGGCUACAUACUCACAACAGUUAUGCAGUUUCACUCCAAAUGAUGGGUAGUGUGGCUGCGGAGGAGGAGCGACGAGCUCUUGCAGAAGGAAGAGAGGUACCAACAAUUCGCAUGAUCUUCGAAGAUGUUUCUAAUCUCGACCGUCGCCGCUACAAUGUCCCCGCAGCGAAUGAGAUUGCGGUUGUGUAUGUUGGAGAAGAUAACGACGUUCCGGCCACUCGUGCUCUUGCUAUUCAUCACAAAAGAGAUGGUCUACAACUCAUUCGAGAUAUCGACGGUUGCUGCGACCCUUUAACUUACCCGCUGCUGUUUCCUAGGGGAGGACUGUGUUGGCAUGUGGAUUUGACGAAGAAUCCCAGCGGCCGCAGUCGUACAAGAAUCACCCAGCGCGAAUUCUAUUCCAAUCUUCUUGCGCUACGAUCUUCAUUUAACCCCCUUCAUCAUGCCGGCAAACUUCUGCAGCAAUUUGUGGUUGAUGCAUAUGUGAAAAUUGAGCAGAACCGUUUAAAUUACAUGCGCACACAUCAAAAGGAACUCCGAAUCGACAGCUACCGAGGACUUAUGGAUCACCUGGCCAGUGACAAUGUAGAUGGACCUCCGGGACAACGGGUCAUCCUGCCAUCUUCAUUUCCUGGCAGUCCUCGUGCCAUGCAUCAGUCCUAUCAAGACGCGAUGUCUAUAGUUGCAAAAUAUGGAAAACCUGACUACUUUCUGACGUUUACGUGCAACCCUCAGUGGAGGGAAAUCAAGGAAAAUCUGUUUCCUGGCCAGUCCGCUUCCGACCGGCCUGACUUGGUUGCUCGUGUGUUUCAUCGAAAACUGAAGAUAUUGCAUAACUAUCUUUUCGAGAAGAAAGUGUUGGGAUCCGUUGCGGCUUAUGUCGGAAUCGUAGAAUGGCAAAAACGUGGACUUCCCCAUUGUCAUAUGCUUCUCAUAAUGACUACAGAUGCAAAACCGAGGAGUCCCGAAGACGUCGAUGCUGCAGUUCAAGCGCAAAUUCCAAACGCCUCCGAGAACCCCCGCCUUCUGGGCAUCGUUGCGAAAAAUAUGAUUCACCGUCAGUGCGGAGCAACCAAUCCGACUGCGCCAUGUAUGGUGAACGGAGAGUGCGCAAAGCGCUAUCCCAAGGAGUAUCGGGAAACGACGGAUGUUGAUGUAGACGGCUAUCCUAAAUACCGAAGACCUGACAAUGGACGCACCGUAACUACUGGAGGAAAAAUCUUUGAUAACAGGCACGUUGUGCCCUACAACCGCUAUCUGCUGUUACUCCUUAACGCACACAUAAAUUUGGAAAUAUGCGGUUAUUUACAGGCAGUGAAGUACUUAUAUAAGUAUGUGUAUAAAGGACCAGAUCGAGCUUCACUGCGACUGCUGCAACAAGAUCGUAGCCAAAAGUUUGACGAGAUCAGGGCUCAUCUUGACGCCCGAUAUGUGUGCGCACCGGAAGCACUGCAUCAUAUUUUCUCGUAUGAAUGCCAGUUCAAAUCUGACACUGUAUGUCGUUUACCAGUCCAUCUUCCCGAUUUCCAAUCGGUGACGUUCCAGUCAGGGGAAGAACGCGAGGCGGCGGUGCGCGAGGCAGCUAAAGAUUCUAUGCUUACAGCAUGGUUCAAGCUAAAUAGUGAGUAUGAAAUCAUGGGAGAUAAUGCUGGAGCAUCUACAAUGGUGGACCCGCGAACGCUGUAUUACCAUCAGCUACCAGAGCAUUUCACUUUUGUAAAGGAACGCAAAUGGAAAAGAAGAGAAAGGAGUAAUCGUCAAAUUGGCCGCAUGCACACUGUUCCACCUAAUGAUCCAGAGAGGUUUAGUUUGCGCAUACUACUCCUUCACCGGAAAAAUAUACGAUCUUUCGAAGAUCUUCGUACCGUUGAAGGUCGCCUGCAUCUAACAUUUCUGGAUGCGGCACGUGCUUUGGGUCUCUUGCACGACGAUUCUCACUAUGAAAGUUGUUUGGAGGAAGCUGCAAGAUUUCAGAUGCCUGCGGAACUACGGGCACUAUUUAGUUACAUGCUGGCGUUUUGUGAGAUUUCUGAUCCACGAAAUCUAUACGAUCGCUUCAAAAGUGACAUGGCGGAGGAUUUUAUAUACAGAGGAUCAACGGAAUACGAAGCUGAGGCACUUGCUUAUUUUGACCUGUACGAUAGAUUGCAAGUUCUCCGCUACGACCUCUCCGUAAGGAUUCCUUUGCCUGCGCAAAGUCGACCAGUAUUGCCGGAUCAGACUGAUUAUGCCUAUCAUGAUCAAAAAGGCAAGGAGAUGUAUCAGUGUCUGAAUCAACAACAGAAAUUGGCAGCAGAUGACAUCUUAGCCUCCUCCGUUUUUGGGCGGGGUAAACUUCACUUCGUUGACGGUCCUGGAGGUAGUGGAAAGACGUAUCUGUACAACGCCAUAUACCACAUUUUGAAAGGGGAACGCAAGUCUGUCGUUUGCGUAGCCUGGACAGGGAUCGCAGCAAGUCUUCUACCUGAAGGCCGCACAGCGAGCUCCACAUUCAAACUGAACAUGAAGUCUGGCAACCGAGAAUGUUCAAUGCGUCGAGAAGCUAAAGAAGCCACCAUAUUGAAAGAAGCGAGUACCAUCAUUUGGGACGAAAUUAGUAUGGUUCCAAGAUUUUCGCUUGAAGCAGUCGAUCUUCUUUUACAAGACCUGAUGUGCACAAACGAACUUUUUGGAGGAAAAACAGUGGUGCUAGGUGGUGACUUUCGUCAAGUAUUGCCAAUUGUAGAGCGCGGAAGAGAAUGCGACAUGAUUGAUGCAUGCGUGAAAAAUAGCCAAUUUUGGAAAUCGUUUCGCAUGCAUCGUUUAUCAGUCAACAUGAGGGCUGCAGAGUCAGGCUCCUCUUGGUGUGAUUUUUUGAUGAGCGUAGGAAAUGGUGAAGCAAGUGAGGAUGAAGCGGGACGAAUACAGCUUCCGACGGAGAUAAUCUCUAAUGGGAAUCUCAUUGAUGAGGUCUUCGGUGAUCUACUCACCGAUUUUGAAACGCUGAGUGAACGUGCAAUACUGACACCGCGGAAUUUAGAAGCACAUAGGAUCAACGAAGAAGCUUUGGAAAAAUUACCCGGACUCCUUCAUGAGUAUAGGAGUAUAGACGACGUGGUUAGCGAGGACUCCCAGUCAACAGAUUAUACCAGCGAGUUCUUGAACAGCCUAGCACCUGCCGGAUUGCCUCCCCACAAGCUUAGAAUGAAGGAAGGUUCGAUAGUGAUGCUUUUGAGGAAUCUCGAUGUUAGAAAUGGGUUGUGCAAUGGAACAAGGCUAAUUGUCACCCACUUUGGCCGCUUUGUUUUAGGGUGUCGAUUUGCGUGCGGCGAAAGGAAAGGGAAAUUCGUGUUGAUUCCACGCAUCGACAAUUAUACUGACACGGGGGUUCCUUUCCGACUACGAAGACGGCAAUUUCCUCUGCGAUUGUCCUUUGCGAUGACGAUUAACAAAGCUCAGGGACAAAGUUUGUCAAAUGUAGGAGUUUGCCUUGCAACGGAUGUGUUUUCUCACGGUCAACUGUACGUCGCUUUAUCCAGAGCACGACGGAAGGAGGGACUCAAAGUACACAAAAACGAGGACAGAGUGACCAAUGUAGUUAUA